AUGUCCCCUGCUGAUCCUCCUUCUCUCUGCUCCAGCACCGCUCAAGACUACGACGCACGCCGCAUGUCCACGUCCGCCACCUCUGACAGCAGCCUCCAGUCGCGCCCAGAAAAGCGCGGUCCAUCGCCCACCGGCUUGCCGCUUCCCAAGAGGUCCUGCCCAGACAUCUCGCUCGACCCCAACGCGUGGUCAAAUCCGAACACGCCCUCGCCACACCCGCCCACAGAGCCUGAAGAGCGCUCCGGCGUAGACACCGCACGCGUCCAGCUCCCGUCGCUCGCGUUCACCUUCCAGGACAACUACGAACGGUGCGCCUCGCUCCCGACCCUCUACUCAGACAACCCCGUGUUGCGUCUCCGCCUCCCGCCGCCGGGGCACCGCCCGAGCCAGUCCCCGUCCGGUCUCGUGUCGUACCAAUUUCCCAACUCAGAUAGCGUAGACAGCACUCGCUCGUCCGCCUUCUACGAUUACCCUGCCUCCGGCCUCUCUCAGUCGGGCUCGAGCUCGUCCUACAACUUCUCGCCACUCCAGACGGACUACUCGCGCUCGUCCGGGCUCUCGUCGUCGAUCUCCUCCGACUCGGAGUCGGACUGGUCCGUAGGAGGCAUUGUACGGCCCAAUUCGACGCCCGGAAACCUGGUCACCAUGGCCACGGUAGCAGCCCGUAUGCGCUUGAUGGAGGGUACUCCACGAGCCACUCGCGGAUGGGUUAUGGUUCGAGUGGCUUGA